ACUGCUCCACCAAGUACACAUCAAAAAUUCGAAGGAAGGAUGGCUAAGUUAUUCGUAGAAGAUGUUAUUGUUAAAAAACUUAGAGGUGGAAAAUAUCAAUUUGGAUUAGUUGUGACAAACUAUGAAACAUAUGACAGCAGUGAUGAAUUCUCGGACAAUGAUGAUGAUCCAACAACCUCAGAAGGAAUCAAAGCAGGUCAGGUACGCGUAGCCUGGUAUCCGAAAGGCAACGAAGAGGUUGUUGACGACAGCAAGGUCACAUUGUACGACAGGAGUUUGAUGCCUGGUGAUGUUGUGUAUUCCCUCUCAAAGGGUAUUGGGGCUCAGUGUGGGUUUGUGCGGUCCGUUAAUAUCCGGUGCCACGUACGCAUCUUCAAGUCCAAACAGAUGAUAUAUGACGUUGACAGCAGAGAUUUGCAUCAAAUCAUGGAGUUUGAGGUUGGAGAUCAUGUGGUGCUUGGAUUGUGGUUGGGAACGGUCCGUGAAGUGUCCUGUGACCUUGUUAUCAAGCUCCAAAAUGGAGCAAGAUAUGAGGUAACUGAUGAAGGUGCAAGUAAACUCACAGAUGUCCAUGAUAGCAGUGAAGAGUUUUCGGUAUUCAAUGACCAGGAUGGCUACUAUCCAGGUCAGGUUCUGCAUGGGCCGUCGUCAGUCUUCAAGAAGGCAAAGUGGCUAUCUGGCACUAAACCAAUUAUGGGAAGCAAGACCAACUUCAGAGGAACAGUGGAAAAGGUACAGCGAUCAAACGAUGGCACAACAGAGAAGAAUAUUCGCUCAUCUCAACUUUGCCCUUUGAACCAAAUGGAUGAACUGGAGUUCCUCCCAGGGGAUUUUGUCUUGCAAAAUGAAAAUAUAGAUGAUGGUGUGUAUGGCUUGAUAGUUAGUGCCAACCAUCAAGACAGGACCUGUACUGUGAAGUGGUACAAGAGUCCAUUACAACAACAGGACUCAUUGCAAGAGCAGGACCCAUUGCAACAACAGGACCCAUUACCGCAGUAUACGCACACUACAGAAACGAGUGUCUAUGACUUGAUGCCGCACCGGCUUGACUAUGAUUUCAACACUGGCGAUGUGGUUGUAGGUGUCCAGAUUGGAAAUACUGAACAAGAUAUACCUUCUGCUGGUGAGAUUCUGUGGAUCAACACGGACGGGACAAUUGAGGUCAUGUGGGUAGACGGCAGACAAUCGGUAGCUCUGCCGCAGGAUCUCUACAAAUUAGACGAGGACAGUGAUUCUGAUUGGUCAGAUGACGAAGAUGAUGGAAAGUGGCAUUUAGAUAACCAAUCAAUUGAAGGGUCUGAUAGUAGCUGGGAGACAGCAAGUGAGGGUUCUGAGGGCAGUGCUAGCAUUACCUCGCUAAGCAGAGAUCUACAAGCCUCAACGUUGGAUGAAAAUAAUGAAAAGAACAUGCAUAGUAAUGUGGACACACUGCUAAUUGAAGGAGAGGCCCCAGUUGCUGGAGAGCCCACAGCUACUGAAGAGCUCCCAGCUAUUGGUGAGCCCCCAGCUGACAUCACCAGUAAUAACACUGAAAUGAACAAUCAACAACCGAAUAAAACGAUGCCAACUAAUGAACAGAAACAAUCUACAGAUUCAAAAGCAACUGAAGAUUCAAGUAGAAAUAUACAAACAGAAAGAAAAAAUAUUAAUUCAUCAGAUGUAAUAGAUACAGAUAAAGUUGAUUCAGAGGGAGUAGUGACACAAAGUGGAAAAUCCACAGCAGACAAGGAAAAGUGUGAUGACGUGCAAUAUGCUGAAAGUGAUAAAGCAGGAAUAGCAGUUUGUAAGCCAGAAGAUUCCCAACAUUCCAAUAAAUUAGUUGCUGUUGAAUCAGUCCCAGCUAACCACAUUUUCUGUCUGUCUCCAUAUCUACCUACUGCACCAAAGAGAUUUAUUUCAACAGUAAAGAAGGAGAUCAAUCUACUUCAAUGUUCUUUACCAGAUGGAAUUUUAGUGAAAACGUUUGAGGAUCGCAUGGAUUUGUUCUCAGUGCUAAUUGAAGGUCCUAAGAACACCCCAUACGAGGAUGCGUUGUUCUACUUUGAUGUACGACUACCCUCAGACUACCCAGGUGUUCCUCCGGUGCUUCACUACCAUUCAUAUUGCAGUAGACGUCUUAAUCCAAACCUGUACGAGGACGGCAAAGUUUGCAUCAGCUUGCUUGGAACGUGGACAGGAAAGCACAAUGAGAUGUGGAACAGUAAAUCCACACUGCUGCAGGUGCUAGUCUCCAUCCAGGGGUUGAUCCUGGUCGCUGAGCCGUACUACAAUGAAGCUGGCUUUGAGAAACAUCGGGGUUCAAGUCUAGGUGAAGAAAACAGCCGAAUGUACAAUGAGAUGACACUUUUGAAAGUUGUUCAGUCAAUGACAAGAAUGUUACUAAAUCCUCCUUCAGUGUUCAAAGAUGAAGUAAUCGAUUUCUGUAGGAAGCAUAAUCAAUGUCUCGUCAACAGAAUUGAGUCCUGGUUGGCAUUAGCUGGAACACCUCCCAGCAAGAAGCCAGGCCUUCCUGCAUUUCCACUCUUUCCAUUCUCUAAGGGUUUCCUGCUUAGCAGUCAUCAGGCAAUGGAGGCGUAUAAAUCAGCUCUGACACAGAUGCUUUCAACAUAAUCAUAUCGAGAAAAAAAAUCUAAUAUUAAUUUUUUUACCCUUCGCCAAAAAUAAUCAUUUCUUUGAAUGACUAAAAUAAAAAAUAGAAAAAGUAAUUAUACCUAAUUUAUUACGCUGUUGUAUGUGUGGUAUGAAUAAAAAGUUCUACAGUAGAAAUUCUAGGGGUCUCAGGGUUUGAGCUUACCAGUUAUCAGCAAUGUUUCCUGCAUUGUUUCUUGCAUGCCUGCAAGCCUCCUGCCAAAGCCUAUCUUCCCCAAAUUCAGAAUGCUAAUAGCAUGCUCAUAUUACAGUAUAGUGUAUUGUCUUGCUGAUGCUAGCUGGCCUAAGGCAUCAUCACCCACACCAAAAUACAUUAAGAUGUGUUGAGAACCCUCAAUAACCUGAUAUCUUGGAAGUGAUUUUCCAGCCUAGGACCCCUUAAAUUCAUUCCUCAGUCCUUCAUUCUAAUACCCUGGGGCUAAAAUUGUGGUUGCUUAAUAUGUUAUCUUUCUUUGUACAGUAUUAACAUUUUCUUCAGGUGAACAAAUUCUAGUACUUAACAAAUAAUAUACAAAAUUAGAAAUUUGGUGCUGUUUUCUUGGCUCUACCAAUCUUUCAAGUUAAAAAACAAGUCCUCCUCUACCUUAUUUGCUACACAAUUUAAUACAUUUAUAUUAUAUUUUUAUGUAUUUAUUGUAAAUUGAGUGUAUAAUGUGUUUAUGAAAAGUUUGUCUAUUGGAACUGAUACUGAUAUUAGAAAAGUUCUAGUAAAGGUUCAGAAACAUUUUGGUGGAAUUAUUCUUGGGUUUUAUAUUAUUUUUGUUCAUACAUUGUGUGAUUUUGGAAUGUUUCCUUAAUUUGUGGUUAAUACAAUCAUGGAGAAAAUACUCUAUUAUACACCAUGAAGUUGAUGUUGAACAAAUAAUGAAUAUUCAUGAGUGCAAUGGGAAGAAUAUUUUCAUAAUUUGAAAGUUCCAUUCAAUGAGGACAGAGCCGAGCUGAAUAUAACAGUCAAUCUUUCAACUCUUGAAAAUAUUCUUUCUAUUGCGCAAAUAAAAAACAUAAUUUUUAAACAACACACCUGAAGUAGAUCAUUGUCGUUUGAUAUUUUAUGAAAAUAAUCUACCUUCUCUCUCAAUGGAACUGCCCAGCAUCUUAACCAAUGAAAAGAUUUAUUAGGCUGAUGCGUGAUGACAGGGUGUAAAUAACCAAUGUCAUGUGAUACGAAAUUGACCAAUCAAAUGACAAGGAUCUAUUUAGGUGUGUUAUAAAAAUCUAUAUUUAUGGUGCUUGUUAGAAAUUAAAGAAAAUUUAGAUUAGGCUCCUGGGAACUUAAACAGCUGCAGUGGGGCGGAUGCAGGGGAGGUGCAAACGGUGCAAUCGCACCCCCCUAAAUUGCAUUAAGAAAAAUAAUUGUUGUAUUGUAUAGGCCUAGUACCGGUAAGGUUUUUAAGGUGUGAGGGUGCAAUUUCCGGGCACCUAGAGGUUCAUAUUGUCAAAAAACCCAACCAUGGUGGGCCUGAGGUCCUGUCAACUCUCAGGUACCCCCUACCGCCAAAUCCUGCAUCCACCCAAGCUGUAGUGUGCACCAGCUCAGGAAUAAAUGAGCCAUUGAUGGGUCAUUUUACUUUAUCUUUAUUAUAUAUAUUUGUAUAAAUCACUCCAAAUAUUUAUUUCCAAUCCAAAAACAAAGACAUAGCACUGCCACUAAUAAUUUAUUAAGAAAAAAUUUCUUGUGCAGAUGAUAGUUUAAAAUGUAAGAAUGCCUUAAUUUCAUCUUAUGUAUUAUAUUUAGUGUGUAACUCCUUGAGUCAAAGUAUAAAUAAAAGUCACUGUAUACAAAA